AUGAUUAAGAUAAAUAUCAAUUAUCAGUUCUAUCGCAAUUGUAGGAUUCUUUUGGGUCGGAGCCUUGUUUGGCCUUCCUUGAAUAACUCUGUAUCAUAUCUCAAUAAAUUUCAAAAAUGUGGUUAUUCAAGUGCAAAUUUGUCACACAGUGCCAAUAAUCAGCCUUACAAUAUCGCUAACAUCAGAAACAUAGGCAUCAGCGCCCACAUUGAUUCCGGCAAGACCACGCUUACCGAAAGGAUUUUAUACUACUCGGGAAAAAUUGAUCAAAUUCACGAAGUUAGGGGAAAUGAUGGUGUUGGCGCCAAAAUGGACUCCAUGGACCUUGAAAGGGAGAAAGGAAUAACGAUUCAGUCUGCAGUAACGAAUAUAAGCUGGACUCCCAUAUCAUCGCUCAACGAGCCCAGUAAAAAUAAAGAGAAUAAAUCGAAUAAAUACUCCAUUAACAUUAUUGAUACGCCAGGACAUGUGGACUUCACGAUUGAAGUGGAGCGCUCCUUGAGGGUAUUGGAUUCAGCUAUUUUGUUGGUGUGCGCAGUGUCAGGAGUCCAGUCGCAGACAAUCACGGUGUUCCGCCAAAUGGAGAGAUAUAGGAUCCCCAGGAUCAUUUUUAUCAAUAAGCUCGACAGAGAGGGCGCCAGCGUUGAGAGGUGUGUGGACAUGUUGACGAAAAAGCUCGGUGUUAAGUUGCUCCAGUUGCAGGUGCCAAUAGGCAUAGGCCCAAAGUUGGAAGGCGUGGUCGACAUAAUUGAGAAGAAGGGCUACUACUUCAGAGGUUCCUACGGAGACAACGUGGUAUCAGAGAGCAUCCCUGAAAAUUUGAGGGAGGAAGUGGGAAGGUUGCACUUCGAUCUUUUGGAGAAGCUGGCAGAUAACGAUGAUGACUUUGCCCAAAAAUACCUAGAUAACGACUACACCACCGACUGCAUAAGAUCGAGCAUAAGGAAGUUGACGCUUAGUCACACCAUGUAUCCCCUGCUGAUGGGAAGCGCAAAGGGGAACAAGGCAGUUCAACCGCUUAUGGACGCUAUUUGUCACUACCUCCCGGCCCCAAGUGACAUGGAUGUGUACGUGUAUCCGGUUAAUUCCAUCAGUGAUUUGAAGGCGGUAUCUGAGGAUGAUAAGAUAGUAGUAGACAGCGACAAGAACUUAAUUGGAUACAUAUUUAAGAUACUGGAUACAUACCUGGGCCAGCUGUCAUACAUUAGAGUGUACAAGGGCACCCUGAGAAAGGGAGUGGGCAUGCACAUAGUUGAGGAAAACAGGAAAGCCAACUUCAAGAAGAUAUACAGGGUCCACGCAAACGAAGUUCUGGAAAUUCCUGAGGCGAAGCAGGGCGAAAUAGUGGCAAUCAGCGGCUUGAAGUGCCAGUCUGGAGUGACGGUAACGGAUGGAAAGGUACAAGUAACAAUGCAAUCGAUGUAUAUACCGGACCCAGUUGUGUCAAUAGCCCUUAAGAGCGUUAACCACAAUGAUUUGUCGCGACUCUCGAAAGCGCUCAGUCGGUUCCAAAAGGAAGAUCCCACUUUUAAAAUAACAAUAGAUGAAGAGUCGAAAGAAACGAUAUUGUCAGGUGUGUGCACAGCUGUUAACAAAUUUAAUUUAGGAAUGGGAGAGCUGCAUCUGAACAUUUAUCUGGAGCGCAUGAAAAGAGAGUAUGACCUGAAUGUCCAGGUCGGCAAUCCGGUUGUCAACUACAGGGAGGCGGUUACCACGAGAACUGAGUUCAGUUACACGCAUAAGAGGCAGUCAGGUGGAGCCGGCCAGUACGCAAAGAUCAUUGGAUACUUUGAGCCAGUUGAGCAGGACCCGAACGACUUUUUAACUACGCAAUUCGUGAAUAAAUUUGUUGGAAACGAAAUCACCCCAAACUACAUAACUUCUAUUGAAAAUGGAUUUAAGGAGUGUUCUAAGAAGGGACUGCUUUGCGGAAGGCCACUAGUAAACACCAGGUUCAUACUCACGGACGGCGCAUCGCACGAAGUGGAUUCUUCUGAUCUUGCCUUCAAACUGGCCGCCUUUGGAGCGUUUCAGAACUUUUACGGCAACGCAGAACCAGUAAUUCUGGAGCCGAUAAUGGGAGUCGAGGUGACGGUUCCGAACGAAUUCCAGUCUCAAACGCUCACGACUCUGACCAAGAGGAAGGGAAUCGUCACAAACACCAACGUGCUGGGAGAAAGUGUCGUCAUCAAUGUUGACGUGCCUCUCAGGUGUAUGUUUGGAUACAUAACAGAUUUGAGAUCUGCCACAAAGGGGCAGGGCGAGUUCACAAUGGAGUUUAAAUUCUACCAGCAGAUGUCAAAAGCCGACCAGGAUGAAGAAAUGAAGAAUUAUCAAAAAUCUUUGGAGAAAAAAUAA